ACCAUCAAGCAAUAUUUCCACGCUGGAGGAAACGGUCUGAAGAAGACGUUCCUUGAGAAAAGCCCUGACCUCAAGUCCCUCAAAUACGCUCUGAGCCUUUACACACAGCCUACUGAUGCCUUGAUCAAGAAGUAUAUAUGCACCCAAACCUCUCAAGGUCAGUCUACAGACAGCUCCGUGGGGGAGGUGUCCAUGCAGGUGGAUCUCAUCUCUCACCCUGGCACUGGAGAGCACAAAGUCAACGUGAAGGUGGUGGGGGUCAACAACCUAAGCUGGCAGACCAAUGCCAUGUUCCGACCGUUCGUGGAGGUGAAUGCGGUCGGACCACACCUCGCCGACAAGAAACGCAAGUUCACCACCAAGACCAAGAACAACAAUUGGUCACCAAAAUACAACGAAACAUUCCAAUAUAUUCUGAGCAACGAGCACGGUCCAGAGUGUUACGAGCUCCACGUCUCAGUGAAGGACUACUGCUUCGCCAGAGAGGACCGCAUCAUCGGCAUGGCGGUCCUCCAGCUCAGAGAACUGGCCGACCAGGGAGCUGCUGUGCCUGCUACCCCUGGUGAAGAGUAUCACCAUGGACGGACCGGACUCACCAUCAUGAGGAUACUCUCUCAAAGGACCAACGACGAAGUGGCCAAAGAGUUUUGUCGUCUCAAGACAGACACACGCUCUUCAGAGGAGGUGGCCUCUUAG